GUUUUUUUUUUUUUUUUUUUAAAAUGUUCCGUGAAGGACCUGACAGCCGUUGGGCUCGAGAGCAGAAAGAAGCAACUGCAUUCGCACAUUCAAGUUUAAGACCUAGAAUUGAUCCAAUUAGAAACGGCCGAGGGUUUGGCUUACCUCCAGCUUCUAAAUUCAGAAGUGGACACUUGCCAUCCUCGGCAAUUCCGUUACCUAGAACCCUACCGCCUGAUGCCGAUGAUAGCCGGUCUGUCUCAGACAAUGACAUGGUCACGGAGUCAGACGAGGAUGAUGUUUAUGGUGGACGGUAUUCCUUAGAUUCAUCUCCACAGGACGAAAAAGUCCCCAAUUCCACCACUAAUCAACGAAGAUAUGGAAAUGCUGCCCGAAGGACCUCGCGAUAUGCCAGUGAUUAUGGGUACUCUGAUGUUAGUUCUUCUAUGGAGACUGUGGCAGGUAGAGGGGGGAAUUUCUCUGAGAGUUUGGUUAGAGGGAAUGCGCGGUAUGCUUCUGUUGGAAGGAAUGGUUAUACGGAGGAUGAGGAAGAGGGAUCAGAUUCGGCAGGUAGUUCAGAGUUUUCUGCCAGUCAAGUUGGGAGUGUUAGUAGUGCUUUGCCGAGGAGUAAAUUACAUGUUUCAGAGGGUUAUGCUUCAAGUGUACCUUCUCAAGCUAAUGUAGAAACUGUUGCUGCCAAGGAUUUGCAUUCCAGAAACCUGAAGAAUAAUAAAUUUUCUCAUGAUGAUGACAUUCCCAGUGCGCCUCCAUUUUGUGGAGGUCAGGAAAUUAAAGAAGGUGCCCAAAAAGCAUUUGGAAUACAUGAAGCAGCUGGCCCUGAAAAUUCACAUGGUCUCUAUACCAAUAAUGAUCCAAAUAAAAUAAAAAAUGCAACCGGAGUUGAACUGAAGGACAAUAGUGGAGACCAGAAUCCAGAUAAGUUUGUAAGAGCAACUGCUGGUGCAGAAGCUGGCACAUCUGGCUCAAACCCAGCUCGAGUCCCAACAUUUCAUGCAAGUGCAUUGGGGCCAUGGCAUGCUGUAAUUGCAUAUGAUGGGUGCGUGCGGCUUUGCCUUCAUGCUUGGGCUAGGGGUUGCAUGGAAGCACCAAUGUUCUUGGAAAAUGAAUGUGCUUUACUACGGGAGGCAUUUAGUGUACAUCACGUGCUACUACAAUCAGAAGAGGAACUAUUGGCAAAGCGCUCUUCUGAGCUUGUUUGUGAGGGAGCUGCCCCAAAGCCUAAGAAAAUAAUUGGGAAGAUGAAGGUGCAAGUCCGUAAAGUUAAAACAAGUCUCGACCCUCCCAGUGGCUGUAGUAUUUCAGCUCUUUCAGCACCAAAGCUAAAAUUGGAUGUGGUCCAGUAUCGCUUAUCCAAGUUUCAGUCAUCGCUUUCUUCUGCUUGGAAAACUUUUCGAAAAAUCCGUGUCGCCCCUCGUGUGCCUGCAAAUGGUUCUUUCUCACGCCAAAGCUUGGCAUAUGUGCAUGCCAGCACUCAGUACAUCAAACAGGUUUCAGGACUUCUGAAGAUUGGUGUUACUAGUCUACGCAACAGCUCAUCAUCAUAUGAAGUUGUGCAAGAAACUUACUCCUGCUCAUUGAGACUGAAAAGUUCAGCAGAAGAGGAUGCCAUCAAGUUGCAGCCUGGAUCUGGUGAAACUCAUGUAUUCUUUCCAGAUAGUCUAGGGGAUGAUCUAAUUGUUGAAGUACUAGAUUCCAAAGGGAAAUAUUAUGGCCGUGUCCUUGCUCAAGUCGCUAGUAUUGCUGAAGACUCGGUUGAUAAGCUCCGCUGGUGGUCUAUAUACCGAGAACCAGAACAUGAGCUUGUGGGCAAACUGCAGCUCUACAUAAAUUACUCAACAAGUUCAGAUGACAGUAAUCUCAAGUGUGGCUCUGUAGCCGAAACUGUUGCGUAUGACCUCGUUCUAGAAGUUGCCAUGAAGGUUCAACAUUUUCAACAAAGGAAUCUAUUGCUUUAUGGUUCAUGGAAAUGGCUCCUAGCUGAAUUUGCCACAUAUUAUGGAGUAUCCGAUGUCUAUACCAAGCUGAGGUACCUUUCAUAUAUAAUGGAUGUAGCUACACCAACAGCUGACUGCCUGACUUUGGUGUAUGAUUUGUUAAAGCCUGUUAUUAUGAAGGGCCACAACAAGAGCAUGCUGAGUCAUCAAGAGAACCGAAUCCUGGGAGAAAUCAAGGAUCAGAUUGAACAGGUUCUUUCUGUUGGUUUUGAGAACUACAAGUCUCUUGAUGAAUCAUCACUGUCUGGUAUUAUGGAUGUGUUCAAGCCUGCAACUGGGCUUGCAGCACCUGCCUUGGAGCCUGCUGUCAAGCUUUAUACUCUUCUUCACGACAUACUGUCUCCGGAGGCACAAACAAAUUUAACUCAUUAUUUCCAGGCUGCAGCCAAGAAAAGAUCAAGAAGGCACUUGACCGAGACAGAUGAAUUUGUUAACAACAAUAAUGAAGCAACAUUGAUGGAUUCUGUUGCUAUGUCUACUGCUUAUCAGAAGAUGAGUUCUCUUUGUAUGAACAUAAAAAAUGAAAUUCAGACUGACAUCGAAAUACACAAUCAACAUAUACUUCCCAGUUUCAUAGACCUUCCAAUUUUAUCUUCGUCCAUAUACAGCACAGAGCUUUGUAGUAGACUGCGUGCUUUCUUGCUUGCAUGCCCCCCAUCCGGUCCUUCACCCCCUGUAGCAGAACUUGUUAUUGCAACAGCUGAUUUUCAGAGGGACCUUGCAAGCUGGAACAUUAGUCCUGUGAAAGGAGGAGUGGAUGCAAAAGAACUGUUUCAUCUGUAUAUCAUGAUAUGGAUACAAGACAAGCGCCUUUCUUUGCUGGAAUCGUGCAAAUUAGACAAGGUAAAAUGGUCAGGUGUCAGGACGCAACAUUCUACAACCCCCUUUGUGGAUGACAUGUAUGACCGCCUUAGAGAUACACUGGAACAGUAUGAAGUAAUUAUAUGCAGAUGGCCAGAGUAUAUCUUUGUUCUAGAGAAUGCUAUUGCUGAUGUCGAAAAGGCUAUAGUGGAAGCUUUGGACAAGCAAUAUACAGACGUUCUAGCACCAUUGAAGGAGAACUUGGAACCUUCGAAAUUCGGCCUCAAGUAUGUGAAGAAGCUUACAAAACGAUCUGUUUGCUCAUAUAUUGUCCCUGAUGAGCUUGGAAUUCUGCUUAAUUCCAUGAAGAGGAUGCUUGAUGUCCUGCGUCCCAAGAUAGAAACUCAAUUUAAGGCAUGGGGUUCUUGCAUGCCUAAUGGUGGACACACUGCUCCUGGAGAGCGUCUUAGUGAAGUGACUGUCAUGCUAAGAGCCAAAUUUAGAAGUUAUCUGCAGGCUGUUGUAGAAAAGCUAGCAGAGAAUACCAAAUUACAGAAUCCUACAAAAUUGAAAAAGAUUCUCCAAGAAUCAAAGGAAUCAAUGGUUGAAUCUGAUAUUCAAAGUAGGAUGCAGCCACUGAAAGACCAGCUGACAAACACAAUUACCCACCUGCAAUCUGUUUUUGAGACUCAUGUCUUUGUUGCUAUCUGCCGAGGUUACUGGGACCGAAUGGGGCAGGAUGUUCUGAGCUUCUUGGAGAACAGGAAAGAAAAUCGAUCAUGGUAUAAAGGUUCACGAAUUGCAGUGUCUGUCUUGGAUGAUACCUUUGCCUCGCACAUGCAGCAGCUGCUCGGAAAUGCACUGCAGGAGAAAGACCUCGAGCCUCCUAGAUCGAUCAUGGAAGUUCGCUCAAUGCUCUGCAAGGAUGCUCCAAAUCACAAAGACAGCACCUAUUACUAUUAAACAUCGGUUUAAUUUGGAGGUAAUGGUGCUGUGGUCGUAGAGUAUGAACUUGGAAAACCUUAUUAAUUAUGCGAAGCACCCAUGGGAUGAGAUGAUCUCAUCGGCCUGAUGCAAUAUGGCCGUCAGGUAUACUUCUUGGCUACAACCAAUUUUGUCUGGAGAGCACGCAACUUGGCUGCUCAAGAUUCACAAGCUUCUUUUGCCCACCAUAGUAGGGGUUCUGUCAUUAUAGUAUUAUUAUAAAAAUUGUAUAGAGCAGCAGAAAGACGAUAUCACACUCUUUUCUUUUCUUUAUUGUAAUUUCCAAAUAUAUUAUUAUCUUAUAGCUUUCCAUUA